CCUGGGAGCACGAUGUCGCUGCACUCCACCAUGUCGCUGAGCGAGAGGAAGCUGCAGGCGGCCGCCAUUUGUAAAGAGGUCCAAGGCUCCAGCGACGCUGAGAUAGACCUGGGGAAGAAGAUGAGCACCCCAAAAGACAUCAUGCUGGAGGAGCUCUCCCUGUCCUCCAACAGGGGGUCCCGCCUCUUCAAGUUACGCCAGAUCCGCUCGGAGAAGUACACCUUCGAGAACGUCAGGAACGGAGUCAACCUGCAGAUGAACAACGGCGAAGUUCCCAGCGGCGAAGCGGCGGCGGAAAACGGAGACGGUCCGGAUGUGGACCAGCCCCCGGAAACGCCACCGAACACACCCGACCCAAAGACCCCGAACCCGGAGAGCAUCGCCCCAGGUUACGAGGGGCCUUUGAAGGACGUCCCGCCGGAGAAGUUUAACAGCACAGCCAUACCCAGGUCCUACCACUCCCCCUGGGAGCAGGCCAUCAUUAACGACCCCUCCCUGGCUGAAACCCUGAUUCCCAAAGUGCCCAGCCCCGAGCCCAAGCCCGAGAGCCCGGAAUACAAGAGCUUCAACAGGGUCGCCACUCCUUUCGGCGGCUUCGACAAGACCCCGCCCCUGUUCGUCUUCAAGACGCUGGAGCUGGACCUGCCCCCCUCUGACGCCCCCUCCCCCGAGCCGCAGGAAACCGGGGUGAAGAGACCCACCUUCAACAGGACGGCCUCGGGCUGGGUGGCGGAGAGCGCCCCCCUCAUCCUGCCCGUCAUAGACCUGGACGGCACGGUGAUCCCGGAGUCAGAUGACCUCUGAACUUUCUGACCGAGGGGGCGUGGCCACACCGGGACGGGUGAAAGCGUACGAAAAUGGCACGAGUGUUGGGCACCGCCUGUUUUUGUUUGUCUAGAAUGGCCAUUGGAGGUGAGACAUUUUUGAUGGGGGUGGAAGGUAGUUUUCCAAUUUUAUACUGGGAAGGGAGAGGAAUCGGGAAGUCAAACAGUUAUGUUACGGAUGAUUACUGCGGUCCAUCAAAAGUUUAACUCUUUUCAACUUGUGACAUUUGUAAAAAAAAAACAAAAAAAACCAAUAAAGUUAAUGAUAGCUUGUCACUCUCUCCUUUGUCUGUUAGUAUAUGAGCCCCCAGAAAAAGGUGUUAGUUUAAUGUUUUGACAGAUAUUUCUGUGGCUACUCCUAAUUCAAUCAUACAGAUGUCAUUCACCCACCUUGUCAACAUAUAAGACCCUUGCUGUCCCUUAUGCAACAAAAAUAUAUUUUUUUUGUUUGUGAAGAUUUAAUACAUUGGAUUUUCAAGGUUUAUAUAUAACUAACAGAAUGUACUAUGCAAAAUGUACAAAAUGUUGCCACAUAUUGGAAAAUAUAUUUGGCCUGCUUCCAUAUAUUCAGUUGUACUAUUCAGUGUAUUGCAGCAUAUUUUUCAAUAUAUCUAAAUAUAUUUUGUUCCAUAAGGGGUGGUCUGUUUCGAUCAUUAUUGAUAUGUAUGUUACAACCACACAGCAUGUCCUGUAAAUAUAAAUAUUUAAGUGUCUGAUACAGUAGCUUCUGACUUGUGUGACUAGAACACAGUAUUGAAUUUGAGUUUUUUUUUCAAUGUUAAAAAGGCACAUUUAAAAAGUUACAAGGAAUGUUUUUAAUGUUAAAAAGGAACUUUUUUGUGCAUUCAGGGACUGUAUGUGUAACUCAGAUACGUUGGUGUUGGUGUUCAGUGUUUGUAUUGGGCAGAAUGUGAGAUGAGCACAUAUGUAUGCGGACUGGUCCUACCUACCUACACUACUACUGAUAGUUAUUGAGCUUUCAGAAGAAGAAUGUGAACCAGACGGGCAUUUCAGCUGAUAUUUCAGAUGAUAUUUUGCUGCAGAGGCAUUUAGUGAAGGGAAUAUAUGUAUUCAAUUACAUUAUAAAAUUCCUAAAUUUAAAGUAAAAGUGGAAUAAAUGAUCCGUGGUGGCAUAUCAGUAAUUAGAAUACACAAUUAUUGCAGACAUUAAGAAUAAAUGAUAUGGCUCAAUUUCAAUCAGGCUUCAUGCACUCCCAUGCAGAGAGAAGAGAGGAUAUCCAUGCCGAUCUUAAUUGAAAGUGUUCAAAGCAUUUUGUAAUUCACCAAAGUGCCUGGUGUGAAUCUAUCUCGUUGUUGGUAAUAAAUGGUUUUUCUGUCAAACCCCA